GUAUACCAUAGCGAGAGGGUGGAGGGGGAUGUUGUAUCAGAUAUAUAAAUAGGCCUAGGGUAUUUCACGCGGCGUGCAUUACUUCAAUAAAAACACAGUCGUCUGCUAGCCUGUCCUGACGCGGCGCAGACGGUUACAUCAUACUACCUGCUUAGUUCUACUGUUCUAACAUUUAACAUACAGCGCUGACUGUUAACAGCAUAUCAAUCUUUGGAUUACUUUUAAAAUCUGCAGGCAGUAUUGGUACACUACUUCAACAAGGCGAGAAUUUAAAAUUCUGGAAUAACGCGAGAAUUUUGUUUUGAAAACAUGGAUUUGGCAACCACCUCCACCGUAAGGGCAGUCGGCCAGAAGCUGACGUCACUAGGGUCAAGGUUCCAGCUGCCCAGUUGGAUCCUGGUCUGGUUCUACGCCACAGCGGUCAUCUGUACGUGGGACGCCACGUUUAUCAUGCUCAGGCCGUACACGUUGCCCGGGGGUUCUCUGGCUGGCUUCUGGUACCUAUACAAGUACUACGUCUCAGUAGACCAGCGCUACAAAGACACCAAGGACGCCUACGUGUUUGCACAGAGUCUGUUGAACUAUGCUGAGGUCGUUUUUAACAUUGUCACUAUUGUCAUGCACUACGCCCAGUCCCGCCACACCGCCACCACGGCCUUCACCGUCAGCGUGAUGACCUUCUGGAAGACGGUGCUCUACUUCCUCAUGUUCAGCGAGUUCUGCACGGGUGGGGAGUACCGACAGGGCAACACCGCCCUGGAGGAGAUCGCUCUGGUCGUCAUCCCCAAUGUCAUCUGGGUCAUCGUGCCCUUGUAUGUCAUGUACUCACUGUGGGACCAGCUGACCCCCAGCGGCCAGGCAAGUGUCAAGACAGCCUUGACCUCCAAUGGUAAACAAAUGGGGACAAGUCACGUGACUUAUUCGAGUUACAUGACACACACAACUGCCCAUGAAAAUGGCGUCGAAACCAGAAAAGCUAAGUAAUAUUAAUAAGAAAAUAACAUAACUUGUCCCUUAAGCACCUACUGCAAAUUGUUGUGACAUGUAAGAUUUCAAUAAUUAAAAAAACUAACAGUAAGUGAAUAUUCACUUAACAUGUAGCUUAUAAUGCUAAGAUUACCACAUAGAGCAGCCUAUUUAUAAUAAAUAAAUAGUUUAUUAUACAUACGGUAAAGAAUAAAGAAUGGUACACAAGGUUAAUUAGAUGUACUGGUCAAUGACAACAAAGUACUUGCCACAAUUAGACAUUAUUUGGCUAUAAUUUCUGAUGCUGAAAGAUUUCGUUCGAAAUUUUUAUUUCAAACUUAGGCUUUGUUAUGCACUACAAACUUGAUAUUUUAUUUGAACACUUUUUUGAUGUAAUCCUUUUACAAAUGUUCAAAAUUUUUACCUGCUAUGUAAUAUAUACAAUGUCAAUGUAUGCAAAUGUCAUUCUAGUAAUAUCAUUUUUACAAGUUGUCGCCUAGAUAAAAUGUUAUCUUG